CCCCGAACCCCACCCCCCUCCCACCCACGAGUCGAGGGCGAGCGCGAGAUCCAGAUCCGCGUCUAGAUCCAUCGCCCGGGGUCCGCCAUGAUCCCGACGCGGUCCGCGCAGGCGUCGUUCCGCGACCGCACCAACGAGUUCCGCGCCGCCGUCGAGAGAGCGCGCCGCCACGCCGUACCUUCCUCGUCGUCAGCCCCCGCCGCGCCGAGUAGCAGCUCUACCGGGCCCCUCGACGGGUUGAUCGCAGCCACGUCGGCUCGCUCGGAGUUCAACAACCGCGCGUCCAAGAUCGGGCUCGGGAUCCACCAGACCUCACAGAAGCUAUCCCGCCUUGCGAAAUUGGCAAAGAGAACAUCUGUUUUUGAUGACCCUACAGUGGAGAUUCAAGAGUUGACUGCAGUCAUUAAGAAGGAUAUCACGGCUUUGAAUUCUGCUGUUGUAGACCUACAAGCUCUCUGCAAUUCACAAAAUGAGAGUGGCAGUCUCUCCAAGGACACAUCAAAUCAUUCCACUACAGUCGUGGACAACCUAAAAAAUCGUCUGAUGAGUGCAACAAAAGAAUUUAAAGAAGUUCUUACCAUGCGAACAGAGAAUUUGAAGGUUCAUGAAAAUAGAAGGCAAAUGUUCUCUUCGUCAGCUGCAAAGGACGCGUCAAAUCCAUUCAUCCGUCAACGACCCCUUGUUGCUAGGGAUCCAUCAGAGUCAUCUGUGCCCCCAGCACCAUGGGCCAGCGACUCUGCAUCUACCCCAUUAUUCCAGAGGAAGAAAACUAAUGGAGACCAUGGGGCAUCAUCAUCUCAGCCUUUCGCACAGCAGCAACAAUUGGCAGUGCAGCAGGACAGUUACAUGCAGAGCAGAGCUGAGGCCCUUCAAAAUGUGGAAUCAACAAUCCAUGAGCUGAGCAACAUAUUUACACAGUUGGCAACCAUGGUUUCUCAACAGGGAGAGCUAGCAAUCAGAAUUGACGAGAACAUGGAGGAAACAGUGGCUAACGUGGAGGGAGCGCAGGGCCAGCUCCUGAAGUAUCUCAACAGCAUUUCGUCCAACAGGUGGCUGAUGAUGAAGAUAUUCUUUGUGCUGAUGGUGUUCCUCAUGAUCUUCAUAUUCUUCGUGGCUUGACCUUCUGUACCAUUCUGCCCGAGGUGCUCUGGCCGCUAUGCGUAGUAUUCUUUUAUUUUUACUCAUACUACACCGUGUACACAAUUUUCACCCUGGACGAUAAGCCAUCGUUCACCCUUUUGUGGCCAUGUAAAUUGGGAGGAGUUCGAGUCCUGUUACGUUACUCUUGAUUGGCAAUAUCUCCACUGUAUUUGAUGUAUCAACUCGCCAGACAGUAAUAGGCAGGUGGCAAAACCGCUUCUCGUUCUUGUCAGAUCACUAUACCUAUACGGGAGUAUGCCCCGCUAGUUCAGGCACAUGCUAUUCUGAUUGUUUCUG